AAGAAGAGCAGACUGGAGAUCUGAUUAACACCAGAGAGAGACUAGACCCUUACUCUGAAAGUGGGACGUGUCCCUCCGAGGAACCAGACCCAGUGAUGUCCAAAUCAGCAAGACCACAUCACUGCUUUCAAUGUGAAAAGAGAUUUUCCUCAUCAGGUUCCCUGAAAUCACAUGAGAGAAUACACUCAGGAGAGAAGCCGUUCCAAUGCUCCCAGUGUGGAAAGAGAUUUUCCUCGUCAGGUUCCCUGAAAUCACAUGAGAGAAUACACUCAGGAGAGAAGCCGUUCCAAUGCUCCCAGUGUGGAAAGAGAUUCAUCCGGUCAUCGCAUCUUAAAUUGCAUAAGAGUGUACACACAGGAGAAAAACCAUUCCAAUGCUCCCAGUGUGGAAAUAGUUUUACCUCAUCAGAUUCCUUGAAAAGACAUAUAGGUUUACACUCUGGAGAAAAGCCAUACCACUGCUCAGACUGUGGGAAGAGAUUUAGCCGGUUAAACGGCCUGAAACGACAUGAGAGAAUACACACUGGAGAGAAGCCCUACCAAUGCUCCCAGUGUCAAAAUAGUUUUUCCCAGUCCGCAUACCUGAAAUACCAUGAAAGAACACACACAGGGGAGAAGCCUUACCAUUGCUCACAGUGCGGAAAGAAUUUCACCAUGUCAUGUAACUUGAAAACACAUGAGAGAAUACACUCAGGAGAGAAGCCCUAUCAAUGUUCCCAAUGUGGAAAGAGUUUUAACCAGCUAGGGAGCCUGAAAAUACAUGAGCGAGCACACACAGGGGAGAAGCCUUACCACUGCUCCCAGUGUGGAAAGAGUUUUAAGAAAUUGGGCAAACUGAAACAGCAUGAGAAAGUACACACAAGCGUGAAGCCUUUUGGAAUUUCUCCCACUGUAGAAUAAAAUUAACCUGAGCUAACAAACUCUGUAGAGUAGCCUUUCCACUGAUCCUACUGUGGAAUGAGAUUUACCUUGUUAAGGCAACUGACAGAACAUGAAAGAAUCCACACCAGAGAGAAACAAUAUCAAUGUUCCCAGUGUGGAAAGAUAUUUACCCAGUUAGGGAACCUGAAGGACCAUGAGGUAGCAAACACAGGGGAGAAGAGAACAGGGGAGAAGCUUUACCACUGCUCCCAGUGUGGAAAGAGAUCUAGUGCAUCACACAUACUUAGAAUUCAUGAGAGAGAACACAUACACGGUGCUCCCAUUGUCUCAAAUGUGUUACAGAAAAUGUGUGUUUUUUGUUAUGCCAUAUGAAAUCUAAUUGGAUAAAGCCUACUAAAAAAAUAUUUGGUAUGUUUUAAAACAAAUCCCAAGAUGUGAAUUCAUGUUUUGAGUAUAGAGCACAUAUAGAGCACAUCAGAUUCCAUUUGUAUGCUUUCUGUGAUUAAAUUGUUAUU